AUGAAGGAUAAUGAUUAUGAAUGGUGGCAGAAGAGAGCAACACAAGGUAUCAAGUUCUUAGUUGAUAAUUGGCUUUAUUCCAAUGACAAAAUCUAUGAAGAAUCUAUUUGGAAAGAACUUGAAGAUCUUUGUCUGGACAAAAUGAUUGACAUUGAAUUAUGCAAGUAUUGUGGUGCUUUAUUCGGGUCUUUUCGCCAUGCUGUAUUUGAGUAUGUUUUUAAAAACAAGAUUUUACCAACUGUUAAUUCAGAAAAUACAAUUGUAGAAGAAGAAGAUAAGACAUAUCACGAGAUGGUUACCAAGAAAGUAUUUGGCCAGAAACUUACGAAAAAUCAUUACAUGGUUAUACAAGCUAUUUUACAUAAUUUGUUCGAUCCUGAAAUUGUAAAAAUUAAAUUUGACAAAAGAUAUUUAACACGGAAGCUGCAAUCUUUCUUGUGUGUCGUUCCCACGAUACUAGCAUAUGCUGCAUUAUUUGCUUAUGAUCCUCUGCCAGCUUCCUUUGGCGGGAUAUAUGUUGCGCCAGAUGUUUGUUCUGUGAUUCCGUGGCGUUGA